AUGAAAGCUUUCGCAAUCGUUCUCAGCGCCAUUGUGGCUCUCUGUGUCAACCCAGCUCUAGCUCGUGUACCUGGAAGGCCUUCUACUCCCGUUUCUUCCUCCUAUACGACGUCUCUCGGACGGUCAUAUCGAUUUUUGGAUCCCCCUUCCGCAGGCCUCGUCCGCAACGUCCUCCGCCGUGUCAUGAAAAAGUGCCUGGGUCCAGCUCGUCUGCCGUGUCUGGGCCGCAGGUUCUCCUCGUCCCAUUCUCCGUUCGCUUGGUACGGUCGUUCAUUCAGCUCUUCGCUUCGACUGAGUCUCCCGAGCUGUAGAAUCUACCCAGGUAGGCGACAAUGGAGUCGCCCGUUCUCCGCGAGGUCUGCGGCUAUCGUCGACCGCCAGCUGCUGCGAGACUAUGUUCGAUUUGAGAGGAAGAGAUGCCCAGUGUCGGGGCCAAAAUCGAGACAGGAGGACCCCAAUUCUUGGAUUCCUCUACUAGAACAUUACCUGCCGCCAUCCCUGCGGAAAAUCCCCGAGGAAGCCGCCGUGACGGAUGCCGAGUUCGACGACGCAACAACCAUAGGCCGGGAGUCCCUUGCGCAGACUAUCGAGCUAGCCAAUUUGCUCUUCUACGCUCGGACUGAGGGGAACAUCGAUCUACUGGCGUACUUGGGUUUUCGGUUGAACAAUUGGCCUGCGGUGAAUGUUCUUCUGACUCGGCUAUUGGACGCUGCGGACACACUUGACAAGUAUUCGAUACCCCGCAGGCCUCUAUCCAGCCAUGACUGGGGCUCUGGCGCUGGUGUCUCGCUUGAUGAGCUUACCGGUCAGCAUGCCGAGAGGGCCCCCGAGCUCGUUCACCUUACCAAGUCGCCAGCGGCGUCGGACCUCACAAGCUUCGACUCGUGGACAGAGCGCCCAUUUGCUGACGAACACGCUAAGCGCUUCAUGGCGGAAGUCUGGCAAAGCUUGGGAUCGAUUGUGCUCGCUGCCGCCGAUGCGUCCCCGAACGAGUCCAAGCUGGCAAUGUCCUACGUCUUUCGUAUCCUUGCUCGUCUACACCAUUCUGGCGCAGUGUCUGACCGGGUGUACAAAUACGAUCCUCCGAGUGUGCAUCGGGUGAACUUUCGGCCACCGGGAAUGCACCUUCUGUCAACGCACAUCAUGAGCGCGUUAACGGAUGCGGCUUGGUUGGCACAUGAGGCAGAAGUUGCAGCAAAGGCUGCUGCCGCGGGCAAGGAAUUUGGUUAG